GCUGGAUUAGUUAUUUAAAAAAUUAAAUAUUUCCUAAAUUCACACUGCUUCUUCCGUAGGACAGAAAAAUACAUAAAAUUUUAGGAACUACAAUUCCUGUGCAUUGCCGAUGAACAUAACAUUGAUACUUCUGAAACUGAUGUAUAGAGAAUGAACUAGCCUGAAUAAGACUGUGCAGAAUCAUUCCAUGUCCAUGAAACCUACGUGCAUGAGCCCCUGAAAAUUUCAACCUUAAAUUAUCUAACUCAAAAUGAUCCCAGUAGUGUUACAGUCCCAAACUGCGUAUCAAAUCCGUUGAUUAAAAACCUAGGAGCAGCCGGCACCCAGACUUCGCAUUAAUCAAUCACGGAACUGAUUAAGAGUAAACGCAGUUUGGUGCUCGAAAUACGGCAACUCCUUGCGCUGCCAUCAGUUUGAAACCAUUGCAGGUUGUUUUGGUUUGGGCUCAAGUGGGGCUCAGCUUCCGUACAGUCAACAUUUGCCGAAGGAUAUUAUAGGAUAACGUUAACCGCCGUCCUGCGAAUCUGGGAAAUAUGGACACUGGGCUUUCCUAAUAAUGAAUGAGGUUUAUUAAAAUGACGCUUUCUCAUCUGGAUGUCUGCAUUUUCAGCCUCGUAAAUAAAUUGCAAUUAGAGUUUAUAUCAUAACGUAUUUCAUCAGCGUGACAUUUAAGGCCACAAAGACUUCAUUUACUUAAUUCGAGUAUAAAUUUAAUUUGAGUUUCAUUUAUUUAACUCGAAUAUAAACGGAAUAACGGUGAGACUUUAAACUCGUUAAAAAGCAGUGGAAAUUGUCGAGGAACUUUGAAAUUAAUAGAUUUGUUGGGCUUUUAGAAUAUACUGAACUUAUAAUUCAAUACUCGCGAUAAGUGAAAGAGUGCAGGCUAUUUCAAUCUUCAGGUCCUCCACCGAAACGACUUUUCAGAACAAAAGAAACUUGUUCUCGCAAAAAUGCAAUCAACGCUGGUGCUGAUGGUGCUGGGAGUUUUACUUUCAGGCUGGUCAUCAGGGGCCACUGAUAUGAUUGCAAGCUCAUCCCCUGCGGAGAAAUAUUCCGCAAUGAUGCGAGAUUUACCUCGGCCCGGAAUUGGCUCCAGAGACGAAAUACACUCCAAUAUUUCUUCGCGAAAAUCCAGUUCCAACCUGGCUACUAGAAUCAAUGCGCCUGAUGGUUCAUCUGACUCGACUGCAGAAAUUUCGAAGACUGAAGUACAAGUCUCGAAAUCAGAGACUCAUUCUGGCGUAAUAGGAGGAAACGAAACGACACAGACGCUUCCAAAAUUUCUUUCGUCAGACAUCCACUCUCUGCAGACUUACGGAAAGGAUUUGCAGGCAGCUGAUAAUAGCAGUACCUCGAACCUGGAUGAUAUUAUAGCGGAUAGAAUCAUUGCAGCGAAUUCUGUUCAAUUCCUGGAAAAAAAUGCUGACCGAUUGGCAACGUUUGAAGACAAUAAUACAAAUGAAUCUAGACGUGACAUUCUGAAGAUCCAAAAUGACGUUUUGGCACGUGGCAAUGAAACUCGCAAGAAGGCUUCUGCCUCAGCAAAGUUGCGACCCUAUGGUAUCACGGCUGAGUACCUCAUGGCCAUCUCACUUAGAGGUGACAGAGAUCAAAGGAAUCUCGGCAGAGGGAGAAGAUUCACUUUCCCUAAAAAAACUACGUCUGGAAGCGAGGUGAACAAUUCUACCAUUAGAAGAAAUGAUGAUCGGAUCGACAAUGAAAACACUCUUGAAUAUGAUUUAACAACUGACGAUGAGUUGAAGGAAAUGAAAAUUGAUGUGGACGAUAAGCCAGUUCCUUUAAGUAAGGAAUUAAAUUCUACUCUGAAAAUUUUAGGUGAAAAUAGCUUGGAAAUGAGACAAGGAAACAGAACUUUUAUCGAAUCCAAAACUGUAAAUGGCACAGUAACCACAAAAUCAUUGGCUCACAAAACUGAUUCGACAAAACAAAACCAAUUGUCGCAAACGAACUUUAACGAAACUACAACGACGGAAGACCGCUCCAAAGUGACCUCAAAUGUUUCAUCAGUAAGUCAUUUGAAUCUUGAUUUACUUGAAGAGGAAUUAGCUAAGAAGCGAAAUUCACAAGAUUUAUUACUUGCGAUCUCCAUUCUUCAACAUCACCAAGUACCCAUGGACAAUAUUUCCGACAAAAAUAUUUCUGCCGUUGAUAACAAUCAAACCGGCAAUGAACUUUCCAGUAAAGCUUCUCUGCCAACAGAAAAUCGGAGCACAGAAAAGAUUGCCUCCACGAUUAAAAUUGAACCUUAUUUCGCCAACAAUGUUGAACGGCAGUUCACUGAGGAACUAAUUAACAGUGACGAAAAUUCCGCAGAUUACAAGGAAUUUGAGAGCAGCCUCUACCCACAAUUUAAUACCCGAGAGAAAAUUACUGAGGGUAACAAUAAUGAAAUAAAUUUACAAUCGUUCACUCCAGGGUUACCGAAUACGAUGUUUGUUGGCGGGCAGCUUGCACCGAGCAGCGCGCACAUCAAAGACAUCGAAUUAACAAAAAAAUAUCCAAGAGAAAUGUUGGCAGAGCUUCCCGAGCCUCUCUACGCAACGUCAGACAUCGGGUUCUUGCCCAACGAUAUCGUGCUGAGCGGCCUCAUGCACAAUCAACGAGCUUCUUCCAGUGCUGAAGAGAUUGGAAAAAAGCCGUCGGUUCUUCUGAGUCACAACAUUCCUCUGCCAGGACGUCCACAAAUUGCUCACAGCAAAGUCCCGGCAGAAAAGAGCACCAAGUGGCUUAUUCUCGUAAUGGACGGGGACUGCGGCAUCAUCAGUAAGAGAAUGAACACUUUUGUUAAGUUUUUGAAAGCAGCACUAGCCUCAAAGCUGGAAACUAAGUUUGAUGAUAUAGUUAUAAUGUCCGUAUUCUGUGACAAUACCUUCAUGGUCAAUAUUAGUUUGGAGACGAGGUUGUACUCUAAAGCCCUCACUCAGCUACAGGCUCUGGCUGAAGCCAACACGACUCUCCUUGAAAUCUCCGGGGAAAUCUUUUACUUGGAAAAGGUUCUAACUCAAGACUCUAAAAUGCUACUCGGUAGAUUGAAGGGGUCCAGCAAUGGCGAAGACAUGGAAUUGAUUGUGUACAUAGCAGUAGGCUGCGUAUGUGCGUUUAUUCUACUUUCAGUAUUCGUUCUUACCGUCAUCAGCAUUUGCAACCACGACGACAAGGAACUACAUGAAGUUAAAACCGACUGCUUAGACCGAUCAGAAUUCCCCAUAAGGAAGCCAAACGUUAUUUACUCUCACAAGUUCACACAGGAGCUGAACCCUGAAAAAUACAGACUGACUCCAUUUGAAGAUUCGUCGCUUGGCGGAGCAGCUCCUACAGAUUCAAUGUCCUGUGACGCCCCAAGGUUCGGGCAGCACUCGGCGGAAAGAUGCUGCGAUCGUAAAGUUUUCAUUACUCCGUCUUCGUCUAAAAUUCAAUUGCUUGAGGAAGUUCAAGAGGAGGACGAGGAUGAAUUUGAGGACCGUGGGGUGCUCGAGGGAGAAGACGAUUAUCACGAGGAAGAAGAAGAAAUGGACGAUGAUGAGGAUGAUGAAUUUAUCAUCGAGAGCAUGACUCGUCCCUUGGAAACUGCACAACAUCAUCAAAUGCAUCAUCACGAACAGCAUAAAAGAUCGUCGGUGUCAGAAGUGCACAUGCAUGGAUGCUGUCACGAAAUGCGGCAAGAUCAAGAUGAAGAACAUUUUGCUGGAAAUUACGAUAAUCCGUGUUACGACAGAUGAUUCAAUGCUGAACCUAAUUUCUUCAUCGACUUCUUCUAAGAAACUCCAGAAAAGCGCCGUUUGGGCAUGAAAAAACGUCUUGCUUUAAGAGUCUUCCUUUGACGAACACACAUUGAGAUUUAUGAAUAUGCAGACAAUGACUCACAUUCUCACACAUGUAUGAAUCGGUGUUUGAUUCAAAAAGUCCUGAGCUUUCUAGUUAUUGUUUUGAGUUUUGAUUUAGGUUUCUUUCCUGCUUUUCUCCUACAAUAUUGAUGCUAAGGAUAGAUAUGAGGACACUAAAGUAAAUAGUGUUAGUUCCGCUCAGGUAGUCAUUUCAGGGUAGGAAAUACCCGUACAAGUAGUACCCGUUGUAGAAUGUUGUUUAAUGAAAGAAUUAUCGUGUGUACAAAUUCGUCGUGGAUACUUCGUCGUUUCCAAAUUCACAUUGAAAAUCUAAAAACCUAAACAAUAAUUAUUUCAACAAGCUGCGUUCAUCUCGUUUGCUUUAGGUCAAUUUUCCAUCAACUUUAGAACCUGAUAUUGGUGUUAGUUAGGAAUAAUUUUUUGUUUUUUUUUAUUCAAUUUCCAAAAGUGAUGAAUGUCACGGUGAGCUCGUAGGUAUAAACUGAAUGUAAAUUGCUUCUUUAGUUUUUUUGGGGAUCUGAUAUUAGGAUUUAGCCGUGCUAGGAUGCCAAACUUGUUCAUGAUGUGCAUGAAAGAAAAAAAAAUCCAUGUGUUGCGCGCAGAACGAUAUUUUGUAGUGAAAGUUCUUGCAUAUUAAUAGCUGACAUCUCAAGUGAAAACGAAUAUACGAGUAUGUUUCAUAUGGAAAUUUGGUAGACGAGGUCAAGAUAUCAUCAAAGUUUUCUCAGGGUGUUACUAAGGUGCGGAAUUA